AAUAACGAGAGGGGGAGACAGACUCGAGCGGAGAACGGCCGUCGUACUGCCGGAGCAUCUCAGGGACUAUUAACAGGGAGUGCAGUCGACGACUGAGCUAAGAGCUGGGGGUAUGAGAGCCACCAGAAUCCGCUUCCAUCCUCCACUACCCGGGCUCUUGUUCGACUGACAACCAUCGGAUCAGAACCUUCACCAACCCAGCUCUCGGACGAACCUAAUAUCGGUGACAAGUUGGAAGCAUGGAGCUGAGAGUUGGGAACAAGUACCGGCUCGGGCGAAAGAUAGGGAGUGGUUCUUUUGGAGACAUUUACCUCGGUGCCAACAUCGCCACUGGUGAGGAGGUAGCCAUCAAGCUGGAAUGUGUGAAGACCAAACACCCACAGCUGCACAUUGAAAGCAAGUUCUACAAGAUGAUGCAAGGAGGAGUGGGCAUUCCAUCUAUAAAGUGGUGUGGCGCAGAGGGAGACUACAAUGUGAUGGUGAUGGAGCUGCUCGGCCCUAGUCUGGAGGACCUCUUCAAUUUUUGCUCCCGCAAAUUCAGCCUAAAGACUGUCCUGCUUUUGGCUGACCAGAUGAUAAGUCGCAUUGAGUACAUCCAUUCCAAGAACUUCAUCCAUCGAGAUGUAAAGCCUGACAACUUCCUGAUGGGACUCGGCAAGAAAGGCAACUUGGUGUACAUCAUUGACUUUGGGCUGGCCAAGAAGUACCGUGAUGCCCGCACACACCAGCACAUUCCUUACCGGGAGAACAAGAACCUGACGGGCACAGCGCGCUAUGCCUCCAUCAACACACAUCUUGGGAUCGAGCAGUCCAGACGUGAUGACCUGGAGUCUCUUGGCUACGUCCUCAUGUACUUCAACCUGGGAUCACUCCCGUGGCAGGGCCUCAAGGCUGCCACAAAGAGACAGAAAUAUGAACGGAUCAGCGAGAAGAAAAUGUCCACACCCAUUGAAGUUCUUUGCAAAGGAUACCCAUCUGAGUUCUCCACAUACCUGAACUUUUGCCGCUCACUCCGUUUUGAUGACAAACCAGACUACUCCUACCUUCGACAGCUCUUCAGGAAUCUGUUCCACCGACAGGGCUUCUCUUACGAUUAUGUCUUUGACUGGAACAUGCUCAAAUUUGGUGCCAGUCGGACAGCUGAGGAUGGGGAUAGGGAGAGGAGGACUGCGGAUGAGAGAGAUGAGCGGAUCGGAGGAGUCCCUAGGGGGUCUGCAUCGCGAGGCCUCCCUCCAGGUCCAAAUCCUGGAGCUCCCAACAGAGUCAGGAACGGCCCUGAGCAAGCCAUUUCUAACCCUGCCUCUCGGGUCCAGCAGUCUGGUAACACGUCACCACGUGCAAUUUCUCGUGCAGAGCGAGAGAGGAAGGUGAGCAUGCGGCUCCACCGUGGUGCUCCUGCCAACGUAUCAUCCUCUGACCUCACAGCCCGCCACGACCAAUCGAGAAUUUCUACGUCACAGGUCAGCGUGCCAUUUGAGCACAUGGGAAAAUAGAAUUUUCCAGCUCUGCAUGCAAGUAAAACUGACAGGGCUUCAAGGUAUAGUUGUUGCUACAGUUUAUUUUCCUUCAUUCUUACUUUGUUCUAAGAAAAGAUGAUUGCAAAUGGACACAUGGGUCUUUGGAAAAGGACAGUAACUCUUUCAGGAUCCAGGAAAAUACACGAAGGUAUCCAGCAAUUUUUUUUUUUUC